CUUAUAUGAGUGUUGUCCUGGCUAUAUGAAGAUGGAUGGUACAAGAGGAUGUCCUGCAGUUGCUCCUAUUGAUCAUGUAUAUGGCACACUUGGUAUUGUGGGAGCUACUUCCACACAGCAGUAUUCUGACAUAUCAAAGCUGAGAGAAGAGAUUGAAGGACGAGGAUCAUUCACUUUCUUUGCUCCAAGCAAUGAAGCCUGGGAGCAAUUACAUUCAGAAAUUCACAGGAAUUUGGUUGACAAUGUAAAUAUUGAACUGUAUAAUGCUCUCCACCACCACAUGGUAAACAAACGUAUGUUGACAAAAGAUCUUAAGAACGGCAUGACUCUGGUGUCUAUGUAUAAUGACCAGAAAUUGCUUAUUAACCAUUAUCCUAAUGGGGUUGUUACUGUUAACUGUGCCAGGAUCAUCCAUGGCAACCAGAUUGCUACCAAUGGUGUUGUUCAUGUCAUUGAUCGUGUCUUGACUGCCGUUGGAAAUAACAUUCAAGAUUUCAUUGAAGUUGAAGAUGAUCUUUCAUCUCUUAGAGCUGCUGCCAUCACAUCGGAUGUGUUGGAUACUCUUGGAAGGCCUGGUCAUUACACGCUCUUUGCUCCUACUAAUGAAGCUUUUGAGAGACUUCCAAGGGGAGUCCUAGAGAGGAUUAUGGGUGACAAGGUGGCUUCUGAAGCUCUAGUGAAGUUCCAUAUUUUAAAUACUCUCCAGUGCUCUGAAGCCAUCACUGGUGGAGCUAUCUAUGAAACCUUGGAAGGAAACACAGUUGAAGUUGGUUGUGAUGGUGAAAGUCUGACUGUGAAUGGAGUGAAAAUGGUAAAACGCAAAGAUAUUGUGACAAGCAAUGGCGUCAUCCAUCUCAUUGAUGAAGUCUUAAUUCCUGAUUCUGCCAAGCAAGUCAUUGAGCUUGGUGGUGCCCAGCAGACUACUUUUACAGACCUGGUAGCACAGCUAGGACUCGCAUCUUCUCUAAGACCUGAAGGCCAAUACACUCUUCUGGCACCUCUGAAUGGUGCUUUCUCAGAUGACACCUUAAGGAUGGAUCAACGCCUUCUUAAAACAAUCCUUCAGAAUCACAUUAUAAAAGUGAAAGUUGGGCUCAAUGAACUGUACAACGGACAAGAGCUGGAGACAAUUGCAGGAAAAUUGCUUAGGGUCUUUGUGUAUCGCACAGCUGUAUGUAUUGAAAAUUCAUGCAUGGUCAGAGGAAGUAAAGAAGGAAGGAAUGGUUUUAUUCACAUCUUCAGACAGAUCAUCAAUCCAGCAGAAAAGACAUUGCAUGAAAUGCUGAGGAAUGAUAAGCGUUUUAGUGUUUUCCUCAGUCUGGUGAAAGCUGCAGAUUUAGAUGAUGUUCUGUCACGACCUGGAGAAUGGACUCUAUUUGUUCCUACUAAUGAUGCCUUUAAAGGUUUAACUGAUGAUGACAAGGAUAUACUGAUAAGAGACAAAAAUGCUCUCAGGAAUAUUCUUCUUUACCACUUGACACAAGGAGUUUUCAUUGGAAGUGGCUUUGAACCUGGUGUGACAAACAUUCUUAAAACCAUCCAAGGAGGGAAACUCUACUUGAAAACAGUGAAUGAUACCCUCCUGGUUAAUGAACUCAAAUCAAGAGAAUCUGAUCUCAUGGCAACCAACGGUGUCAUUCAUGUUAUUGAUAAACUCCUAUAUCCAGCAGAUCUGCCUGUUGGAAAUGAUCAGUUGCUCACAAUCCUGAAGAAGCUGAUUAAGUACAUUCAAAUUAAGUUUGUUCGUGACAGUACCUUCAAAGAGAUUCCACUGACAUUUUACAACCCAUCUAACACACAGCUCACUAAAUUUAUUGAAGGGGAACCUGAGUUCAAAAUAGUCAGGGAAGGGGAGACAGUAACUAAAGUGAUUCAUGGAGAACCAAUCAUUAAAACAUACACCAAAAUCAUUGAUGGGCGACCUGUGGAAGUGACAGAGAAAAAAGUCACAGAAGAAAGAAUUAUUCAAGGUCCUGAAAUAAAAUAUACCAGAAUUACGGCAGGUGGUUCAGACAACGAAGAAAAGUUAAAGAAAUUGCUUGAAGAAGAGGUUACCAAGGUGACCAAAUUUAUUGAAGGUGAUGGUCAUUUACUUGAAGAUGAAGAAAUCAAAAGACUUCUGCAGGGAGCUGGAACUGAGUACACCAAGGUUACUAAAGUAAUUGAGAGAGAGCCACAGAUUAUCGAGAGAGAAAUCAAGAAAGUCCAUCUGGAAGAAGCACCUAUACGGAAGGCACAACCAACCAGGAGGACACAAGGGGGAACACCAAGAAGGAGGACAAGACUAGCUAAUCACUAAAAGCUUUCCAAGAUAGAAUCCAUAAAAUUACAAAAUAACAGCAUGGUCUUUGACAG